GUAAUUACGCAAUCGUAGUUUCAGGAGCUAGGGGCCCUGUUUGAGCCAGCAAAUGACGGACGGAGUUAUGCUUAUAUUGUGCUUCAUGGCUCAAAUCUGCAGCUGGAGAGGAGAAUGAACAUAACAUAACAUGUGAAGAAGGCAUUUGGAUUUCAAUUCCUUUACUCGUUCGUUCGUUCACAAUCAAGCAAAUUUGUAUGAUCCAAUCAAUCUCUGAAAGAAAAUGUCAGCAUCGCAAUCCCUCGGAGGUCCUUCACGCUGCGGCCGAGUCCUCAGUCCAUCACUCGACAAGGUAAUAAAGAACGCCGCGUGGCGUAAGCAUUCUCACCUUGUCUCCUCUUGCAAAUCCACCCUCGACAAGCUUGAAUCCCUUUCUGAGUCCGAAUCCCAAGAAGAAUCCCCUCUUUCAGGUCUCUCCUCCUCAGAUGCCGAAAAUGUCCUUCAACCUGUCUUUCUCGCCCUUGACUCUGCGUAUGCUAAGGUUGUUGAGCCUGCUCUUGAAUGCACCUUUAAAUUGUUUUCUCUCGGCCUUAUCCGCGGCGAGAUCGAUCGCCCCGGCGGCGUUGUCUUCAAUAUGAUUGAUGCCAUCUGUAGGUCGGGUGGCCUUGGCGAGGAAGCAACUGAGCUGGGCGUGCUCAGAGUUUUGCUUUCAGCUGUAAGAUCUCCCUGCGUGUUAAUCCGGGCAGAUUGUCUGAUUCAAAUUGUGAGGACUUGUUAUAAUGUGUACCUCGGUGGCGUCAACGGUACUAAUCAGAUCUGUGCUAAGUCUGUUCUUGCCCAGAUCAUGACUAUUGUUUUCACCAGAGUCGAACAAGGCUCCAUGGAUGUUUCCCUUAAAAGGGUUUCUGUUACUGAACUUCUCGAAUUCACGGACAAGAAUUUGAACGAGGGCAAUUCCAUUCAUUUUUGCCAAAAUUUUAUCAACGAGGUCAUGGAGACCAGUGAGGGUCUUCCUCUCAAGCCAUCUUCCUUAUCACCUCCUCCGCCCUUGUCCAAAGAAACGGAUGACACAGCUACCGGCAAUGAUGCUGCUGGAAGUAAAGUAAGGGAAGAUGGUUUUCUUCUCUUUAAAAAUUUGUGCAAAUUGUCUAUGAAAUUCUCAUCCCAACAGCACUCUGAUGAUCGCAUCCUCUUGAGAGGGAAAAUUUUGUCAUUGGAGCUCCUUAAGGUAGUCAUGGAUAAUGGCGGCUCAAUAUGGCGCACCAAUGAGAGGUUUCUCAAUGCCAUCAAGCAGUAUCUCUGUCUGUCAUUAUUAAAGAACAGUGCCCUCUCAGCAAUGGCCAUUUUCCAGCUUCAGUGUUCUAUUUUCAUGAACUUGUUAUCAAAAUUCAGAUCAGGCUUGAAAAAAGAAAUUGGCAUGUUUUUUCCAAUGCUUAUCCUCCGAGUUCUUGAGAAUGUUCUUCAGCCCAGUUUCCUGCAGAAAAUGACUGUCCUCAACUUAUUGGACAAAAUAUCCCACGAUCCUCAGAUUAUUAUUGACAUUUUUGUCAACUAUGAUUGUGAUGUGGAUUCUUCAAACAUAUUUGAAAGGAUUGUCAAUGGCCUUCUGAAAACUGCUCUGGGACCACCUACGGGGUCGACCACAGCGUUGUCGCCUGCACAGGAUAUUACUUUCCGACUUGAAUCUGUGAAGUGCUUGGCCAGCAUUAUUAAGUCAAUGGGGGAAUGGAUGGACCAUCAGAUGAGUCUGGGGGAUUCAUAUCUAGCAAAGAGCCCUGAAAGCUGUAGCAUAACAGAAAGUAAUCUAACACUGAAUGGAGAAGAAGGAAAUGCUUCUGAUCAUGAGCUACAUCCUGAUGUAAAUUCUGAAUUCUCAGAUGCUGCCAUGCUAGAGCAGCGACGAGCAUUUAAAAUUGAACUUCAGAAAGGUAUAUCACUUUUUAAUAGAAAACCUUCCAAGGGUAUAGAAUUUUUGAUCAGCAGCAAAAAAAUUGGUGGCUCUCCAGAAGAAGUGGCUCUGUUCCUGAAGAAUACUGGUGGCCUAGAUCAAACCAAGAUUGGUGACUAUUUGGGGGAGAGGGAUGAGUUUUCUCUGAAAGUUAUGCAUGCAUAUGUAGAUUCUUUUAAUUUCAACGGAAUAGAUUUUGGAGAAGCUAUACGAUUUUUCCUUCAGGGCUUCAGGUUACCUGGUGAGGCACAGAAAAUUGAUCGCAUCAUGGAGAAGUUUGCUGAGCGCUAUUGUAAAUGCAGCCCUAGUUCUUUUAGCAGUGCAGAUACCGCCUACGUUCUUGCUUACUCUGUGAUAAUGCUUAAUACAGAUGCACAUAAUAAUAUGGUGACAGAUAAGAUGACAAAGGCUGAUUUUAUCCGAAACAACCGAGGCAUAGAUAACGGGAAGGAUUUAUCGGAGGAAUAUCUUGGGGCCCUUUAUGAUCAAAUAGUUCAAAAUGAAAUUAAGAUGAAUGCCGAUUCUUCCGCACCUCAGGGUAAACAAGCAAAUAGCUUUAAUAGAUUGCUGGGAUUGGAGGGUAUACUCAAUCUUGUGAACUGGAAGCAGAGUGAGGAAAAAGCAGUGGGUGCAAAUGGACUUCUCAUUCGGCAUAUUCAGGAGCAAUUUAAAUCACAAUCACGAAAAUCAGAAUCUGCUUAUCAUGUUGUCACAGAUGUAGCUAUACUGAGGUUUAUGGUGGAAGUGUGUUGGGGGCCUAUGCUUGCUGCUUUCAGUGUAACACUUGACCAGAGUGAUGACAGGGUGGCUACUUCUCAAUGCUUACAGGGAUUUCGACAUGCUGUGCAUGUUACUGCAGUGAUGGGCAUGCAGACUCAAAGGGAUGCUUUUGUUACAUCUGUUGCUAAAUUUACUUAUUUGCACUGUGCUGGAGAUAUGAAACAGAAAAAUGUUGAUGCUGUCAAGGGAAUAAUAUCAAUUGCCAUUGAAGAUGGUGAUCAUCUGCAAGAAGCAUGGGAACACAUCUUAACAUGCCUCUCCCGAAUUGAGCAUUUGCAACUUUUAGGUGAGGGCGCCCCAAGUGACGCGACCUUCCUCACUUCAUCUAAUUUUGAAUCAGAAGAAAAAGCACCAAAAACAUUAGGUUUGUCUUCUUUUAAGAAAGGAACUCUCCAGAAUCUAGCCAUGGUGGCUGUUGUUCGUGGUAGUUCGUAUGAUAGUACAAGUGUUGGGGUUAACGCUUCUGCAUUGGUAACACCAGAACAGAUAAAUAAUUUCAUUUCUAACUUGAAUAUACUGGAUCAGAUCGGGAACUUUGAAUUGAACCAUGUGUUUGCUCAUAGUCAACGGUUGAAUGGUGAAGCAAUAGUAGCAUUUGUGAGAGCACUUUGUAAAGUUUCCAUCUCAGAGUUACAGUCUCCAACAGACCCUCGUGUAUUCGGCCUCACUAAAAUAGUAGAAAUUGCGCAUUAUAAUAUGAACCGUAUCAGAUUAGUAUGGUCACGAAUGUGGAAUGUUCUCUCAGAUUUCUUUGUGUCAGUUGGAUUGUCAGAAAACUUAUCAGUUGCAAUCUUUGCGAUAGACUCACUACGACAACUUGCGGUGAAAUUUUUGGAGCGUGAAGAGCUAGCUAAUUAUAACUUCCAGAAUGAAUUUCUUAGACCAUUUGUUAUUGUUAUGCAGAAGAGCAACUCCACAGAAAUCAAAGAAUUAAUAGUUCGUUGUAUUUCACAGAUGGUCCUUAGCCGUGUCAGUAAUGUGAAAUCUGGCUGGAAAAGUGUUUUUAUGGUCUUUACAGCUGCUGCUGCUGAUGAACGGAAGAAUAUUGUAUUAUUAGCUUUUGAGACGAUGGAGAAAAUAGUGCGUGAAUUUUUCCCUUAUAUUACUGAAACAGAAACAACGACCUUCACCGAUUGUGUUCAAUGCCUUUUGACAUUUACAAAUAGCCGAUUCAAUAGUGAUGUUAGCCUCAAUGCAAUCGCAUUUCUUCGUUUCUGUGCGGUUAGACUUGCUGAUGGAGGACUUGUUUGCAAUAAGAAGAGCAAUGUUGAUGGCUCAUCAGUUGUAGUAAAUGGUGUUUCAGAUGUGCAAGCUCUUACUGACAAUGACAAUGAUGAUCAUGUUUCCUUUUGGAAUCCUUUACUAUCAGGGUUGUCAAAACUAACUUCUGAUCCGAGAUCAGCUAUCAGAAAGAGUUCUUUGGAGGUGCUUUUUAACAUUCUGAAGGAUCAUGGUCAUCUAUUCUCAUGCAAUUUUUGGAAUAACAUUUUCUGUUCUGUUAUAUUCCCUAUAUAUAACUCAGUAUCUGGAAAGAAUGAUAUGAAUCUCCUAGUGGAUCAUAGUUCACCAUCUUCAGUAUCUGCACAUUCUGAAGGAAGCACAUGGGAUUCUGAGACUUCUUCAGUAGCAGCAGAAUGUUUAAUAGAUUUAUUUGUCACCUUCUUUGGGAUGGUGAGGUCUCAGCUACCAGGUGUGGUGUCAGUAUUGACAGGGUUCAUUAGGAGUCCUGUACAGGGUCCAGCUAGUACUGGAGUUUCUGAAUUAGUGCGUCUCACUGGUGACCUUGGUAACAAGCUUUCAGAAGAAGAAUGGAAAAGUAUUUUUCUAUGUUUGAAAGAUGCAGCUACAUCAACUGUGCCAGGAUACAUGAAGGUCUUGAAAACCAUGAAUAAUCUUGAGGUGCCCAAAAUUUCAGAGUCUUCUACUUACCUGGAAAGAUCUUCUGAUCAUGACUUGACAAAUGAUGAGUUUGAUGAUGACAAUCUGCAAAUGGCCACAUACGUCGUGUCAAGAACCAAGAACCAUAUUGCUAUGCAGCUACUUAUUUUACAGGUUGCAACUGAUAUGUACAAAAGGCACCAGCAAUCCAUAUCAGCAGCCAACAUCAAACUCCUUAUUGAAUUAUAUUCAUCUAUUGCUUUCCAUGCUCGACAAUUGAACAGAGAGUCAAUCCUGCUGAAGAAGUUGCAGAAAGCGUGCUCCAUCCUAGAACUAUCUGCCCCGCCUGUGGUUCAUUUUGAAAAUGAGUCCUUCCAGAAUCACCUCAACUUUCUACAAAAUUUGCAUGUCCAACAUGUUGUGCAUGAUGAAAUAGACCUAGAACAAGAGUUAGUAGCAGUAUGUGAAAAUGUGUUGGACAUAUACCUAAAUUGUGCUGGUCCGGUAUCCGCAUUUCACAAGUCAGAUACCCUGCCAGUGCCACGUCGAAAGCUCCCUUUGAGCUCAGCAAAGAAAGAGGAAAUAGCUGCUAGGACAUCUCUAGUCAUCUCAGCAUUGCAAGGGUUGGCUGGUCUGGAAAAGGAUUCAUUCAGGAGGUAUAUUCCUCGGUUCUUUCACUUAUUGGUAGAUCUUGUGAGGAGCGAACACACCUCUGGAGAAGUUCAGCUUGUCCUCAGUAAUAUGUUUCGUUCAUCUGUAGGCCCAAUUAUAAUGGAAUGAGUUUUUAGUUUUGGCCUACUUUAUUUUUGGGAAGUCGCUGGAUAUCAGUCAGCAUUUUCUUCAUAUGCUGAAGCACAAGCCAUUGCAUAGUCAUAUCCUAGAUUACUUGUUAGUUCUGCCGUGAAGAGUUAUUUUGGGAUUUUUUUGAUUGUUUUGGUAAAUGACAAAUCUAUAUAUAUAUAUGAAAAUAAUGUUUCCUUCUAGAA